AUGUCCCUUGCUUCAGGCCCUGCCCCAGGGUGGUUACUGUUUUCCUUCGGGAUGGGGCUGGUAUCAGGGUCAAAGUGUCCAAAUAACUGCCAGUGUCAGGAUCAAGAAGUGGCCUGCAUAGGGAUGCAGCUCUCGGAAUACCCCCUGGACAUCCCCCUGAACACUCGGAGGCUGUCCCUGAAGGAUAACAGAAUCACUAGUUUGCCAGCUAUGCAGCUGGGACUCCUCAGUGACCUUGUUUACUUGGACUGUCACAACAACCGGAUUCGAGAGGUGAUGGAUUAUACCUUCAUUGGGGUCUUCAGACUCAUCUACCUUGACCUCAGCUCCAACAAUCUGACCUCCAUCUCCCCAUUCAGUUUCUCAGUGCUCAGCAACUUGGUACACCUGAAUAUCUCCAACAACCCUCACCUGUUAUCUCUUGAUAAGUACACCUUUGCCAACACCAGCUCUUUGAGGUACCUGGACCUCAGAAAUACUGGCUUGCAGACCUUGGACCGUACUGCUUUCCACCACCUUGUGGUGCUCCAGAUCCUGUAUCUGAGUGGAAACCCCUGGAAAUGCAACUGUUCUUUCCUGGACUUCGCCAUCUACUUAAUAAUGUCCCAUGUGGACCACCCAGAUGAUCAGAAUGCCACGUGCACGGAGCCCGCAGAGCUGACAGGGUGGCCCAUCACACAGGUGGGAAACCCACUCCGGUACAUGUGCAUCACGCACCUGGACCGCCAGGACUACAUCUUUGUGCUGCUCAUCGGCUUUUGCAUCUUCGCUGCUGGCACUGUGGCCGCCUGGCUCACAGGUGUGUGUGCUGUGCUCUACCAGCAUGCCAGCCGCAAGGCAAGUGAGGACGAGGCUGAAGACGAGGCUGGAAAUAGGGUGGAAGUUACCAGGAGGAUUUUUCAUUCCAGGACUAGUUCUGCUGGGUUCCCUCAGCUGAUUUAA